GAUCAGCGCGGUGCGCCGGCCGCAGCGCGCUACCGCGGCGGCCAUUAGAGGGUGAACCAACGGCAAAGGAAGACCUUUCUCUCUGUCACUCUCUCACUGUCCACUCUGCCUGUAAAAAAUAAAAAAUAAAAAAAAAAAGAAAGUGUGAGAUUGAGGCUCCAACUGAAGCCUCAACUGAUGAGGUGGGGUCUGCAGGGGCCAAGGCCUGGGUGGGAGCCCCAUGGGUCUGUCCCAGUAGUGGCCGAAACAACCACUUCCCGCACAAGCACCAGGUGGAUGGUACACAGCUGUUCCUUGUGGGGCCCUGAGGGCAGGGGAUCCAGUGAGGCUGGGCUUGCCCAAGUCUGGAGUGAGCCCAGAGUCAAGUCCAGGAGGACAGGGCAGCCUUCCCCAGAGAGGCAGAACCAACUUCCCCCACAGGGUCAGGGAGCAGGUGGGGACAGUGCCAGAGGAAUUUGGCCAGAAGUAGGUGGGGGAGACUCCUGCCCCCUCAUGCCAACACCCUGGCCUUGCUGCCUCCUCCUCCCUGGAGACAACCAAGUGUGGCCCUGGAGCCUGAGAGCUGUGGAGAGGAGAGGGUGGCGUCUUUGCUCCUGGGGCGCUGGGCUGGGCCAGAGGGGACAGGAAGCAAGGACACCGGGGAUUGUCUCUCGCAACCGCAGCCCAGCCCCAGCCCGGGAGGAAGUUGUGCCGGGCGCUCUCCGCCGGUGCCUCCCUCGCUAUAUUGUUCAACAGGAAACACGGCAGUGCGGGAGCCUGGCGGUCGAGGAGGGAGCGCCGAACUGCGGGCCCACGCGCGCCUGCCGGGGCAAGUGGAAGCGAGGCCAACGAGCGGACGCCCCGAGGCGCGGUUGGAAUGCCGUCGGAGAGCCCAAGAUGAUUUUAUGCAAGUCCCCAUUUCAGCUACAGGAAAACUGAGGCCCGAACGCGCCCGGCGAGUGCGGGAUCGAGACUGGCGCCCGAGUCCUGGUCCCGCAGUGCGGUGCCCUUCCCGCUCCUGGCCCCUGCGGCCCGCAUCCUUGCUACCUGCAGGGAAACGCCGCGGCCCCGAUGGCGGCAGACGUCGAGGGGGACGUGUACGUGCUGGUGGAGCACCCCUUCGAGUACACCGGCAAAGACGGGCGCCGCGUCGCCAUCCAGCCCCUCGAGCGCUACCGGCUGCUGCGCCGCAGCACCGAGCACUGGUGGCACGUGCGGCGCGAGCCCGGCGGCCGCCCCUUCUACCUGCCCGCGCAGUACGUGCGCGAGCUGCCGGCGCUUGGCGACCCUGCCUCGGCCGCGCCGCCGCCCACGCUGCUGCACCCGGGCCCCGCAGCGCCGGAGCCGCUGACCUAUGACUACCGGUUCGUGAGCGCGCCCUCGCCCGACGGCUGCCCCGCCGAGCCCCGAGGCCGCGCCAGCUCACUGUGCGGCCCGGCGCGGCGCGGCGCGGCGGCGAAGCGCAGCCACCCGGCGCCCGGCCUGCCAGCCAGCCUGUACCUGCGACCCGCGGCGCCCGUGCGCCCAGCGCAGUCCCUGGACGACCUGGCGCGCACCGCCGCGCCCCCUGCCGGCCUCCUCGGGAGCGCGGGCCGCUCCAAGGCCUGCAGUGUGGCGGGCUCCUGGGUGUGCCCGCGGCCGCUGGCGCGGAGCGACUCGGAGAACAUCUACGAGGCCAUCCCGGACUUGCGCGGCGCACCGCGGGCGGAGAGCCAGACGCAGGCAGACGCCCCUGCGGAGCCCGUGUACGCGAAUGUGGAGAGGCAGCCCCGGGCCCCUUCCCCCGGCCCUGGCCAGGUGUGGGAGACUCACAGGGACGCAGACAGCGGGCGCCCCUACUACUACAACCCGGACACGGGCGUGACCACCUGGGAGUCGCCCUUCGAGGCUGCCGAGGGCGCCGCCAGCCCCGCCACCUCCCGGGCCUCGGUGGGCAGCCGCGAGAGCCUCGAGACCGAGUGGGACCAGUACUGGGAUGAGGAGAGCCGCCGAGUGUUCUUCUACAACCCACUGACGGGCGAGACAGCCUGGGAGGACGAGCCCGAGAACGAACCGGAGGACGAGGCGGAGAUGCAGCCCUGCCUGAGCCCCGGCAGCCCCAGGAGCCAGCGGCCCCCCACCCCGGAGGCAGACUACCCGGAGGAGGACUACUCACCCCUGGGCUCCUUUGAUGAGCCCAGCCCCACCUCUCCCUUGACCACACCCCCUGGCUGGUCUUGUCACAUCAGCCAGGACAAGCAGACGCUGUACACCAACCACUUCACCCAAGAGCAGUGGGUGAGGCUGGAGGACCAACACGGGAAGCCCUACUUCUACAACCCCGACGACUGCUCGGUUCGAUGGGAUUUGCCCCAGGUCCAGGUCCCCGUCCCCGCCCCUCAGAGCACCUGCAACUCCAGCCAGGACAGUGACCCCCCAGCCCAGUCCAGCCCCCCGGAGGAGAAGAUCAAGACCCUGGACAAGGCAGGUGUGCUCCAUCGCACCAAGACGGUGGACAAGGGAAAGCGGCUCCGGAAGAAGCACUGGAGCGCCUCCUGGACGGUGCUGGAGGGCGGGGUCCUGACCUUCUUCAAGGACUCUAAGACCUCGGUGACAGGAGGCCUGAGGCAGCCGGCCAAGCUCUCCACCCCUGAGUACACGGUGGAGCUGAAGGGAGCCUCUCUCUCCUGGGCCCCCAAAGACAAAUCCAGCAAGAAGAAUGUGCUGGAGCUGCGGAGCCGAGAUGGCUCGGAGUACCUGAUCCAGCACGACUCAGAGGCCAUCAUCAGCACAUGGCACAAGGCCAUCGCCCAGGGCAUCCAGGAGCUGUACGCAGACCUGGUCCCCGAGGAGGACAGCCAGAGCGGCGGUGCCGACUUCGGGUCGAGCGAGCGCCUGGGAAGCUGGCCGGACCGAGAGGACGACGUGCGGCCCAGUGCGUCCGCCGCGCCUGUCCUGAGUCCCGGGGGCCUGGAGAGCGACCUGGGCAAGGUGCGGCACAAGCUGCGCAAGUUCCUGCAGAGGCGGCCCACGCUGCAGUCGUUGCGGGAGAAGGGCUACAUCCGAGACCAGGUGUUCGGCUGCGCGCUGGCCGCGCUGUGCGAGCGCGAGCGGAGCCCGGUGCCGCGCUUCGUGCAGCAGUGCAUCCGCACCGUCGAGGCGCGGGGGCUGGACAUCGACGGGCUGUACCGCAUCAGUGGGAACCUGGCCACCAUUCAGAAGCUGCGCUACAAGGUGGACCACGAUGAGCGGCUCGACCUGGACGACGGGCGCUGGGAGGACGUCCACGUGAUCACUGGCGCCCUGAAGCUCUUCUUCCGGGAGCUGCCCGAGCCCCUCUUCCCCUUCUCGCACUUCCGCCAGUUCAUCGCAGCCAUCAAGCUGCAGGACCAGGCCCAGCGCAGCCGCUGUGUGCGCGACCUGGUGCGCUCCCUGCCCGCCCCCAACCAUGACACUCUGCGGCUGCUCUUCCGGCACCUGUGCAGGGUGAUCGAGCACCGCGAGCGGAACCGCAUGUCGGUACAGAGCGUGGCCAUCGUGUUCGGGCCCACGCUGCUGCGGCCCGAGACCGAGGAGAGCAGCAUGCCCAUGACCAUGGUGUUCCAGAACCAGGUGGUGGAGCUCAUCCUGCAGCAGUGCGCAGACAUCUUCCCGCCGCACUGACCGCGGCCCGGCCCGGGGGCGG